AUGUCAACCGAAACCGCCACUCUAGCUACCACCAAACGCAAGCCAACCGGCCGAGCUGGCAUCGUUGAUGGCAAGUUAUAUCUUUCUCAAGGGAUUGUGCGUAAUCUUGCACCAGCACACGGCAAUGGCGGCGAAUUCGAUAGCAUUCCAGUCAUUGAUCUCUCUGCCAUGAUAUCUCCUAAUCCCGACCCAAUCGCACUUGAGAAACUGGUAGCGGAGAUCAAAGAUGCCUGCAUGCGAGUGGGAUUUUUUGUGAUUAAGAAUCAUGGCAUUGACUGGAGCAUCGUCGAGGAGACGUUCGCUGCACUUGAGGAAUUUUUCGGGCUACCCAUGGAGACAAAAAUGUUGUACCAUCAAAGCAAAAGCCCUAGUUUCAUGGGAUACGAGGAGCCCUAUUAUACGAAUGUUGACAGGUUGAAGAAGGGCGACCUCAAGGAAUCUAUGACAACGGCAUAUGACCCUUGGACUGAUGAACUCGGAAUUGGCGAUGAGGUGCCCAAACUGAUGAUUCGCGAGAAUCUGUGGCCGAAUCCCAAAGAUGCACCCAAGUUCAGACCAGCAAUUGAAGGAUAUCGUGCUGCUUGUCUUUCACUAAUGAGAAAGCUGAUCAAGAUCCUUGCGCUUGCAAUGGGAGAAAAAGAAACAUACUUUGACAAGAAAAUAACAUACCCAAUUGCUGGCAUUAGAGCUCUCUAUUACCCUCCACAGACUGCCUCUCCAGACGAAGAGACUGGACUGGGAGCUCACACUGACGUUCAAAUGAUGACUAUGAUUGCGCAAAACCCCUACAACGCACAGUCACUGCAGGUGCUCAACGCUAAAGGCGAAUGGAUCAGUCCUCAGCUUGAGCCCGAGACCUUCGUGGUCAACUUGGGCGACAUGGUCGCUCGACUGACCAACGACACCUUUGUUAGCACCGUGCAUCGCGUCUGCAAUAGCGGCGAUAAUGCUACCGGUCGCUAUUCAAUACCGUUUUUCUUCGGCCUGAGCAAUGAUGAGUUGGUCUCGACUCUGCCCCAAUUCAUCACAGAGGAGGCACCUUUGAACGAGAAUUACAAAGAUGCUGUCACCGGAUAUGAGCAUUACAAUAAAAGAAUGCGCAUCGCACAUCAUGAUCAUCCCACAGCUGAUGGGAAAACUUCGGCUGCACUGCCGUAUGGGAUGACUAAGAUUGACGGCGUGCUUGUGCCUGGAAUAUAA